AAUUCUUUGUUUUCAACCAGUUUGAGUUUAUUAUAGACAGAUCACGACUUUGAUAUAAAAUAGAAGUAAAGCAUCCGGACUAAAUGAAUUGCCGAAUCUCUAAAGUCUAUCACAAUGAGUGAAAACACGGAAAGCAUUGAGGGAAUGUCGAACAAGAGGCAAAAGCUGGACGAAAACAAUGACGUUGGCCCAAGUGGAUCACCUAUUCCAAUUGACCAAAAUGAAGAGUCUCCUCGUCUUUUCAAGUUGAACAUCGACUGUUUCAAUGAGCUAUUGGACUAUUUGUCAACGAAAGAUUUGCUUGUUCUCAGUCAAACAUGCAAGACGAUGCAACAAGUCGUCGGUGUUUAUGCCAAAGAGAACCAUUCACAGGCUGCCAAAAUGGAUCAAAAUAUUGCCCACAAGCAGUUCUCCAACAAUGGAAUUGAAUGUGCCGAGACAUUGGGAUUUAAUCAAUUCAUCCGAUACAUUGAUCAUUACUCCGACAAUACUGAACCGCUUCAUUACAUUGGAUCGCACAAUCUCGAACUUAUUUCGGUAGAUCACCUUUAUGUUGAUACAAUUGACUUGAAUUCAAACGUUGAUCGUCUUCAAAAUAUGUUGCACCGAUUAAAAGUUUUCCAAAUUCGACGUUGCAUCUGGGAAGGAGAUUUCUACGAACGCAUCUUGCGAUAUUGUGUAAAUUUAAAGCGGUUAAAUAUAUCUGAUUCAGAGGGUCUCAUAAAAAGGUCAGGGAACGAUUGGUUACUGAAGAGUUACCCAUCACUUGAGCAUUUAGGAUUGUUAAAAUGGCCCAUAGCAUUUGAUGUUAAUGAAUUGAUUGGAUUUUUUGAGCUCAAUCCAAAUGUCCGUAGUUUUAUGACUAGCUACGAAUUGCUUUCCAAAAAUCGCAUCGAAUUCAUCGAAAGUGGGAUACAUUUGGAUGUAUUGGAGGUAAAAUUGAUGGAGAAAUCCAGAUUACGAAUGAAUGCGAGAGUCAAUGAGUUUUUUGGCCUGCUGAGUGAACUCUAUGAUCGAGUCUUUUUUAAUCGGCUUCAUUUAUAUGUGCAAUAUAUUACCAAAAACUCCAUCGCUCAAAUAGCAUCAUUACAAGGUCUAGAAAAGCUGUGCUUUGAUUGUAUUUGGGAUGGUUACGAUUGGCCGUACCUACCGCUUUUGAAAGAUUUAGGUAAUUUGAGUUCAUCUCCUUUAUUCGAUGCAGACGUUUUUGCACAGCGUUGUGUAAAUCUUCAACGAUUAUACCUUAGCACUUCAAGUUUUACUGAUAUCCGUACAUUCAUUCGCUAUUCGGCGAAAUUGAAGCAAAUUUUUGUGAAAGAUACAAAAAUCUUUCGUGGACUCAUUCGUAAAAUAUCGGCAUUGAAUAAAGAACGUGAAAAAUUGAAAGAGGCUCAAAAAGUCACGAUUUAUGUUUCAGAUGAUCUUUUUGUUGCCAGCAAAUGGAUUGCGACACAUGGAAAUAUGAAUUUGAAUUUAGUUGAAAUCAGACGAUCGGACUCAUACCGAUGGGAUCAUUAUUAUGAUUUUUGUUUAUAAAAGUAGCAAAAUGAACAAUUUUCACUGAACAAUGUGGAUGGAACGAGACGGUUUUAUAACUCAUUUACUUUAGGUAUAGUCGGUUUUUCCAAAAAAAAGCAGAAGAGAAUAAAGACAAUUAUUUCAACAUAAAAUAAAUGGAUUUGUUUUUUUGUCUUAUCCGAUGAUAGGAUAUAGAAUAAAAGUUCAAUAAGAAUU